UUAUUUUCCAAUUGCGUAGUUUCAGCAAUUUGUCGAUUUUUAUGAAGCUGUGUUUGUAAAGACAGUUUUAAAAUGGAUUACUCAUAAACAACUUAUGUAGCUUAUGACGUAGAAGUCCGCAAGGUGAAUACUGACCGAUACAGACCAAAAUGGAUAUUCAUGCAAAACAUUCGAAGAAACGGAAAAGACAUUAUGAAGGCCAACGGGAGAUUACAUCGAUUGUCUCAUCAAAUGUCAGCCGUAUUUGCGAUGACGGCGGGAAUACCGUGUUGAAUAUACGUUAUAAUUCAGACAAAGUGAAUAAGAGAGAUAACGAUCGUGCCUGCAGCCAAGAAAUUUUAGCUGACAAAAGAAGGGAAAUCAAAAGAGCCAAAGAUAGCAGUAAACAUGAGCAAGACAUUGCAGAUGAAAUUCCAGCAGGUAGACAAGAAGACAAUAUUAUCAUAGUAGAACAGGAGGACGGAAUUUUGCAAAGCCAAACAGAUGUAGGUGUAAUAAACAUACCCGAAGUUUCUGGACUGCGAGAGAUCGUUUCCAAAUCCAUCCCAGAGAUCAAAUCGAUUGAUACAUCAAAUGUCGACCGUAUUUGCGAUGGCAGGAAUACAGUGUUGAAGAAAGUUAAUAAUUCAGACGAGGUGAAUGAAAGAGAAAUCGAUCGUGCCUGCAGCCAAGCUGCCAUAACAAGGGAAAUCGAGAGUGCCAAAGAUAGGAGUAAACUUGAGCAAGACUUUGCAGAUGAAUUACUAGCAGGUAGAAAACAGGACAGUCUUAAAAUAGCAGAAAUUGAGGACAGAAUUUUGCAAAGCAGAAAAGGCACGUUACCCGACAGUACAAGUCACAACUUUGGAGCAAUUUACAAAGAAAUGCCAGAGCCACGACGCCGCUUUACUGUGCAACUCGUACGACUAUAUGCCUGGUUUAAGGAGGAAAUGAGCAAAUCGAUGGCCAAAAGUGUUGCACAUAAAUGUUUACCUCGGCGUUUUGUGGAACAUUUGAAGUACACAUGUACUACACGAGCUCAGUAUGUUGGAAAAUGUUUGAAAAUGAUUCUUCGCUGUGACAAUGAACACAUAGAAGAGAAGUUUUUAUCUGCAUUGCGAAUGGAGGGAAACGAAGGAUUUAAUUUUGCGGAAAUGGUGGCAAAUUUAAGAGUUACGAAAGACGACAUUAAAGCGUUUGAACAAGUGCAAAGAGAGAGAAGCGAGUACCAAAUAAGUACGUACAUGCUACCACACGUAUGCAUUCAUAGUUUAGAAGUAGACAUUAUAAAUGACCAUUUGUUUUCGAGAAUCUUCUUCAGCUACAAAGAACACUCUGACAUAGACGAACACAAUUCCAAUGGGAAAUGUUCAUUGUUUUUUGAAACUUUGCGAAAAUGCCAUCCACAUGCUUUGGAUGAAUUCAAAGUCAUUUGUGCUGAAAAUCGCAUUACCACUGCUGAAAACACCCAGCAAGUCGAAGAAGUUGAAACUGUCACGGAUGUUAUCAUUAACGAACAUCCAUGUUUACCGUCACUAGAAUCGAUCGGAAGUGAAACUGUCCAUAUGCACGAGGGAUCUCUUUUUUUGACAUUGAAACUUAAAGAUGAGCAGGCUCGUAUUAAUCUUAGAGAAAAGUGUGAAGAUGGUAGCAUAGGCGAUGUCUUAUUUGACCUCCUGCAGAGUGAAAGGGUAUCGGACAAGCUGCAUUGUGACACUUAUGAUCUGAACAUAACGCUUCGUGCGAUAAAUGAAGAUGCGAACUAUGUAGAAAUGCAGAUUGAAGGGGACCCUUUUGAAAAGAAAGAACAAAUGUGCAAACAAAUUUGUGGAAACAAAUGCCAUCCGCUUCACAUUUGCGAAGAACUUGAGAUAACUGAGUCCUUGCUUGAUAGUUUACAAAGACAAGGACUGCUACUUGAAAAUAUUUCCCACAUACUCUUGGCAAAAAAGAACAGGAGGGACAGAAUUCACGAGCUACUUUGCAAUUACAACACGCUUGAAGAUGAAGGAUUUAAAAUUCUAUGUGAACACAUACGAAUUGUACGGCAACUACUGGGGGAAAAGGUAUAUCCACUGACGCUGUUUAAAGGGACAUUUAUUUUAACAAAGAAAGAUCGAGAAAUGACAGUCUCCGGUGACGUGAUUGUAACAUAUCCAGCCAUGGGAAGUUUCGAAAUAGUUUACAAAAGCUGUGCCUGGUUGUUUCCAUCAUUUGCAGGCAGAUCAGAAGCAGGUCAUGCUGUACAAACAACCCUCAAACCUGUGGUGCAUGUAGAUUUUUUUGAAGAUGACAAAGCAUGUGCAAAUAUGCUUUUCAAAUGGAUUGUGAAAUCCUCAAGGCGAUGCUCCAUGUCUGAAGUAACAUUUAUGCGAAAACAGCUUUCGCAUCAAACUCAGAAAAUUUUGCUGUUUUGUGGCCAACAUAUGAACCAAUAUGUUGGGAAUUUUAUGAUCGAAUUGUGUCUACGCUUUAUGUGGACAGAAGAUACAAUACGCCCAUUGAAAAUUGCUGUUUGUCAUGAAAAUGAAUCAACUUGUGACGCGAUAAAGUCUUUAAUGGACCGAGGUACUUCAAAACCAUACACAAUUCAUUGCAUCAACCCAAUCGACAAAAGUUGUCUCCAAUUGCUGGAGCUGGAUAAAAUUGAGACGACGGACUUAAUUCCUGCUGUUGGAGAAGGUUUGCCAGCGGGGAUACAUGACAGGCCUAUAGCAACGAAGGGAUAUAUGAAAACGGCCGAGUGGCGGAGAUUGCACAAAACCCUGCGGAACACGAACCGGAUACGAGAGGAUCAAGAAAAGUUGCAGACCCGUAACUCUUUAGCCAGACAGAUUGAGAUUUUACGGGAUAAAAACAAGCUGAUUGGAUAGUCAACCGCCCAUUUAUUUGAAGAUAGUCAGGUAAAUUUACCCACAACUACUCAGAACGUGACCUGGUAUCGAAGUUUGGGCAUCAAGACUGACAAGAUAACUGACAUGAUAAAGGACCGCGAGCGGAUUGUAGAAUCAACCGCCCACAAAACUGUGGAUAGUCAGGAAGCGAAUUGACUGACAUAGCUAACAAUAUGUUCGUGACCGGCAAUCUAGAUCGGGUUACUAUAUAGUUUUUAAGAUCUGACGUUUGUAGCAUCAACAAUAUUGUGUGUUCAAAUCAUGAAUCCUAACGUUGUCACAAUGCAUUCAUUCCCUAUAAACUUAUAAAAUCAUAAGGCUGACACAGGUUGCCUUAAGUCUAAUAUGCUGGGUAAGAGGUGGGUUUGUUCAGUUUGUCUCCAUGUAAUAGUUUUGCGCGAUUUGUACGAUACUAAAAACAUUUAUGAAUAGACGCAUACCACAAACGUUUGCAGUUAUUCUAUAUGAUUAGUAAAAAUAAUAGUUCAUGUACUCGUAUGUCCCAACGCAUUGCUAAUUGAUUUUUGUUUUAUGUUCCAUUGCAACAUUUUCUUGUCAACUCUACUAUCAAACAAACGUUAUAUUUCGUCUUUGAUCAUUUGCCAGAUUUGUUGGUUGAUUCAUUAAGCCAUGUUUCUAUUUUCCUUUCUCAUGCUUUAUAUACUAUCUUGUUUACUUAGCCUUGAAUAAUCUAGUUUUGUUUAUAUCGUGUACUAUUCUAAUUGUAACAAUGUUUAAUCUUUCUCGCGAGUUGAAGUUCAGAUAAAAGACUUAAUUUGGUAUGACUGUAAAAUAAUUUCAUGGAGUAGAUUUGUUUUUGCCGCCUUGAUUGUCUUUAUAUUAACGUAUGUGUUUAAUGUUUGAUCUAACUAUCAUAGGUUCACCUUUUCGUACUGUUCCUUAUGUUUUUAUGAUAUUGUUAAUAUUAGUUUGUAUUAUAACGUUUUCAAACGAUCUAUGAGUUCCUAACCAAAGGUUCAUAAGAAUAAGUAGUCCGCAGAACUGGUCACGUGAUCAACUGACAGUAGAUGAACGCAUGUGGUCAGCUAUGAUCUAACUAUCGUAGGUUCACUUUUUUGUACAGUUCCUUAUGUUGUUUAUGAUAUUGUUAAUAUUAGUUUGUAUUAUAAAGUUUCGAACGAUUUAUGAGUUCCUAACCAAAGGUUCAUAAGAAUAAGUAGUCCGCAGAACUGGUCACGUGAUCAACUGACAGUAUAUAAAGGCAUGUGGUCAGCUAUGAUCUAACUAUCAUAUGUUCACUUUUUUGUACCGUUCCUUAUGUUGUUUAUGGUAUUGUUAAUAUUAGUUUGUAUUAUAAAGUUUUCGAACGAUUUAUGAGUUCCUAACCAAAGGUUCAUAAGAAUAAGUAGUCCGCAGAACUGGUCACGUGAUUAACAUCGGUUCGAUGUAUUUGCAAGGGACAGAAUUGGAUGUUUAACUUAUCUAUGUAACGCAUAUCAGGUUAUUUGAUAUCCUUUGAAAAAAUAAUGCAUUUUUAAACUAGACCAGCAAACAAGCCCAAUUUCGUCGUUUUUAUGUAUGCCUUUAUUUAAAAUUAGUAAAAAUUAACUGGAAGUGUCAAUAAAUGAAGAAUCAAAUCUAAAAUUAAAAUAUGGCCGAAUUGGCUAGAAAUAUUGUAAAAUAGGUUAUUUUAAGUCGAAUUGCAGUUGAAGGAAAGAACCUAAACGCAACGUGCAAGUAUUGCUUUAGUGUAUAAUCGAACAUUCAUUUUCUGAUUCGUAAGUAGGAAACAAUACCCUUUCUAAUGACACCAUAUCUAAACACUUGGUCACCAGGCAACACUAUUUAAAGUGACACUUUUAUUAAAAAUCAAUACGUACUGGUAAUGGACCACUUUUCGCCCGUACAAGUUAAUCACCCACCAUGUUAAAUUGUUGUUCCCCAUUUCCAGUAUGAUGUUUCUCAUACAAAUGAUAUUUUGUGUUAAAAUGAAGCUUCAAAAUAGGAAAGCUAUUCUUUUUCCAGAAAAUUAGCUACUUAUCAGCAAUAUUAAAAUUAUAUAUUUGUUUCAUCGGCGGAUUAAACACUUUCACCACUUAAAAAAUAGAAAAUAUUUCACCCAAAAAUACUCGCUUAAACAGGGCAUGUUUUUAUAGAUGUAUUUAAAAAUAGAAAGAAAUAACCAAUUGUGUUGCCAAUCAGGAUUUUUUUUAAUGAUUACAUUUUUCUAAGUGGGCGAACUAUUGGUACUAUACACAGUCAUUUCAGUGGAGUUUUCAUAGUUUCAAGAUUGCUAUCGUGUUUCAAUAGCUGAAAUCGCAAAAUAUUAAAUGAUUGGUGAGUGUUUAAAGAAUUACUGUGAUCGUUUAUUGUCUCAUAAGGUAGAAAUAUCGUGUUACCUGCGCCAUUCUGUCAAUUUUGAACUUGGAAUCCUUCAUAACAACCAUUGUUUUCGACAUUUAUUCAUCUUUUUUGGUAUAAUGAAACAAUUGUGUUAAUUGUGGUUUAUGUUUUUUGGGAGUAAGAGUGCAUCUUAAACUUAAUGGUAAUUGCUCAAGGUUGUUCGUACAUCGGAUACAUUAUGAUAUCAUUAUAAAUAUUAUCAUAAUUAUUUGUUUAAGGUAUAAGUACGUAUGUCGAAAAUAUCACUAUGCACUGAUUUGUUCGAAUUUUUGUUUUGAAAUUGCUUUUCUCGGGGUUUAUAUUUAAUGCUCUGAAUUAACAAAAAAAAAAUGAAAAGCGGAAACUGAUCCACAACUUGCAUUUCUGUAAGAAAAAUCGGGCAAAAAAACGGAAAUAGAACAAUGUUAUAUGUAUUUUGGUAUGCAUGUUUCUAUAUAGUAUUUGUAUUAAUAAAUUUGCUUGAUCUUGUUA